AUGGACGUACCGCCUCCGGUGACCGAUUCGAGUGACAAUGCCAUCGAGGGUCAGGAGUCAAAGCCCGCCAAGCAGGCCAAGCAGAAGGCGAGCCCGAAAUCCAAGGCUGGUGCGAAGAAAGUCACCAAGAAGCCGACUUCUGCGGGGACACCGACGGAGACCGAGCACCUUGUUGGUGAAGGGUCCGCACCGAACCCGGAGAUCUCUCAUGUCGAGGAGGCUGAGGAUGAUGUAGAGGGCGAGCCUCCGGCGGCUGAGCAGCCCGAGGUCAUGGGGGAGUGGGAGCCCGCAGCCGCAGCAGGGUCGGAGGUCCGGGAGAAGUUGCUCCAAGGGGAAGCGGCUCCAGACGAGCGUGAAGCGGCUGCGGAAAUGAAGCGCAAGAUGAUGAAAAAGAUGGCUGACGACGAGGAUGUGCCGG